AUGGAAGCAGCGGAGGAAACUCUCACUUACCGAGAUGACACCUUACUUCACAGGACGCUGCUCCAAGAGGACAACAAGCAUAAGGACAAGCAAGCGGAGACAAGGAGCGACGAGUCCAACUAUGUGGACCUGGACAUGAAACCCGACGGCGCAAGCACAGUGGAAGUGACUUCCACCGGCCAGGAAAACCAGCCGCCUGUCACCAAAUGCGACAGUUCAACGCAAGCGGAGCGUGGAGAGGAGGGUAAGACCACCGAGGAGGACUGUGUUGAAGGAGAGCGCGUUUCGGGUGAGUCUCCUUUGGAAACUCGGAGCAAACUUCCCAACGCCGGUCAGCACCAUGCCCGCAGCGACAGCGACGAGCUCCAGUACACAGACAUGUAUCUGAACAGCAAGACGGAGUCGGAUGAUGGCGCCAGCGCGGUGAUGUCCGACCACUGCGGCUCCGACACCGUGGAGGACGAGUCUCACUACAUCACCACGCACGAAAUCCAGCUGACCGAGCUCGACCACGACGUCGAUUACGACCUGGGGAGAGGGACCUGUUGGGAUUUUGAAGACGACAACCUGGUUUUUUCCUUUGUGGAUUACGCGUCUUUCGAGGGCGACGACACGCAGGAGGGGACUCUGAUCCUGAGGGGCCGGGGUCAGGGCCGGGGUCAGGGCCGGGGCCGGGAGAAAGCGCAGUCUAAUCUGGGUGGAGACGUCGUCAGCACCGAGCAGGAGGACAGUGAUCCCUGCGACUCGGACAAAUGCGGCAGCUCGGAUGAAAGCGUGUGUAAAAACCACACCGGAGGAGACACUAAUGCGGGGGAAAUCCACGUGUCGAUCAAGACCUCCAGGGCACGGAACGAACAAGUCAGUGUAUCUGAUAACAGCACAUCCGGGUACACCAAGCGCUUUGGAGACGGGAGCCACUUCUCUUUCGUCAGCUCUGGCGCCAGAGUGGGGCCCUUCAGCGACAGGGCCCAAUACUUCAUCCCCGCUCCGGGCCGUCAGCACCUUGCAUCCAAACUGAGACGGAAAGAUAUCAAUGAGUACUCCAGCGGAGCGUCCAGCUCCAUCAGUGAGCUGGACGACGCUGACAAAGAGGUGCGUAAUCUAACCGCCAAGUCUUUCCGGAGCUUGGCAUGCCCAUACUUCGAUGCCAUUAAUCUGAGCACCUCCAGUGAGUCCUCUGUGUCGGAAUAUGGGCUGAAUAACUGGUCGGCUUAUGUGGACCUGAAAUAUGGAAACAUAUCACGGGGAGGAGAGCGAAGCGUAAUUGAGACUUCGAGCACCACUUUGGAAAUGAAUAAGACUGUGGACAGUAAGAGGCAUGGUAAGUCUGCUCCCGGUAUGAAAGCCCCACAGACCAGAAUGUACGCGCUGAACAAGAGGACGACUUCUCAACAAUCAUCCUCAUCUAGCAAGAAGAUGGAGAUGAGCGAUGCCGAGAAGCCGAAGCAGCGCGGAGUCACGCUGAACUUCAGGUGUAAAGUUGAAGCACCCGAAGGCGCCAAGCGUCCGAAAUGCUCCAAGAAAGCCCGAUCCAAUGAGCUCACUGGCACUGUGUUGGCCAAGUCAGGGUGCGAGGUGCAGUGUGUUCACUCCGAAAGCACGGGGGGUACGCACAAAAGAGCAGUCUUUGCAUCGAGUUUAUUGAAAAAUGUGAUUUCCAAAAAGAUGCAGUUUGAACAGGAGCGCAAAAUGGAGAGGGGUGAAAGGUGUGACGCGUACCCGGCACUCUCCCCGAGCUUUCAAUUGAAAGAUCACGACGGGGUGAAAGACAGGGGUCAAGGAAGAGGCUUACAAAGACAGACAUCAGAAUCAGGCUCAGGUUUUACUGUUAACUCUGCUGAUGAUCAAUACCUGGACGGCAGCAGACCCAGCUCCUGUGAGCCUGUGGAGGAGCAGAACAGCGACAAAGCACUAGUUGAUUCAGAAAAGGGAAAACACGAGCCUCUAAAGGCUUCGCUCAGCCACAGUCAAAGCAGUGCAUUUAAUUUACUAAAAGCAGAUGAGCCAGAACCCGUCAAAGAGAUCGAGCCCACAUCUGUAUCCGACACACGGACCACAACAAAGGGAUUAGACACCAGCAACAUGCUGACAAAACUGGUGUUUGUCCCGAGCUGCCAGCUCCUUUCAAAAGAGAAGGAUGUUACGGAAGACUUGCCGGUCCAUGCACCUGUCACAGGAGCACCUGUUGGCCCACAGAAAUGUGAAAAAGAGUUCCAAACAGGCAACAAUGGAAACAUAGGCAAAGAAGAAAAUGAGAAAGGGGGUAAAACCCCUGGUAUAAAAAUAUGCCUUAGGAGUGUGAAGGAAAAUAAAGGCUGUACACUGAAUAUUGCCAACCUGUUAACCCCUAAAAUAAGUUUAAACAAUGUCAACACAUUCAGGGCAGCCGGUGAUGCCAAAUGCAACAUGUUGUCUGCUUCAGAUAAAAUCCCAAACUUCACUGUAAGAGACAUAAGAGACACCAAAUGCAAGUUUCAAACACCAAUAUAUCAGGUCAGAGAUGUCCGUAAAUUGGUUAAAAGUUCAUACCGCUUUGUUUCAUUGGAUAAUAGUGAGGCUAAAUGUUCCACAGCAGCUGAAAAACUUGAGGUCACAAAGGCGCCGGUUAAGCAUGUGUUACCCUCUCCUAUUGUGAUUAAGUGUCACUCUGUAAAAACAAAUGUUAAACAAGAGACAGCUGAGGCAGGCAUCUCAUCUGAAGCAGUGAAAACGAGUGCAAACACACCGUCACAGUGCACAGCCAGUAGGGUGCCACUUGUUGCAUCAAAGCAGCUCCACCCUGACCAGUCAGAUAUUCAGCCAAAUAUUGAAACCAAACUGACAAAACAGAGGCAGGAAAAGUUUGCAUGUGAGACGUCUGAAAGGAGAAAUGAGCCAAAAAUACCAAAACAGGCUGCAUUAGAGAAGCUCAAAGCUGCAGUUAAAACAAUGGAGCAGCUUUAUGUUUAUGAUAGAAACGAAUGGAAGCGUAAAAGUCAAGCUCCACAACCAAUCACGGACAGUCAUGUGUUGUCACUUAUUGCCAGUGAGGAGCAGGGAGCGGAGGAGCUGGAGACAACAAACACUGACAGGGUCACUCAGUCACAGGAGGCUAAAGGAGCUCUGAAUAUCAUACACGUCCCAUAUAACGAUGACACAUUUCAAACACAAUCACAUCAAAGUAAAACGUUUAGUAACAAACGUGUGCUUCAUUUUGGCAACAAGGCACGUGUCAGCAUUAGCUCGGUUAGUGAUCCUAUUCCGCAAAACUCCGAGCUGCAAACAUCAUCGACUAUGAAAAGCUCCGGGGCACCGGUGGCUCCAUUGUCGGUGAAAAUAGAGCCCCCGAAAAAAGGCCGUGUGGACCAGGGAAAGGUCAAAAUCAUUCCCACUAAUCCCACUGUGGCACAGGCCUGCUCAGACUCUGAGAACUAUUUAGCCAUACCGGGAUAUACGAAUGAAAUCCAACUGCUGAAUCCAGAUCCCGUUUCCAGGGAGGUGAGCUCAAGUGUUAGCCGAAUCAAAACAGUUGACAGGAAGACACCUGAGCAGAAUCGGUCUCCUUUGAUCAUGGACUACCCAGCUUCAAGUAUCUACCAUCAAGCACAGCAGCAGGUGUUGUGUUUCUCUCCAUCUGUCCACACUGUGUCACCUACUCCUUCUACCGGAGAGGCAGUCCCACAAACACAGCGCAAGAUGCUCUUGGACCCCACAACGGGACAUUAUUACCUGGUGGACACUCCUAUACAGGCCACCACAAAGAGACUAUUUGACCCUGAGACAGGCCAGUAUGUGGAUGUGCCCAUGUCUCCUUCUCCUGUGGCAUCUGUCACCCCUGUGCCUCUCUCGUUGUCCCCCCUGGCUAUCAGCCCAGGAGCCUACGCCCCCACCUACAUGAUCUACCCAGGCUUUAUCCCCUCACCCACUCUACCGGCCCAGGCGGUGUUGCCUCAGUCGCCUUGUCACUCUGAGUAUGCAGGUGGAGAAAAGGUCAAAAAGGCCAGAAGUCCCAAGCCGGACACGAGUUCAACAGGCACAGAGAACGCGUAUUACAGUGCAACAGUUGAGUCAACACAAGGGCCACUGCAGCUUCCUGUUAGUUUGGGACACGUGACCGCCAGAGGAGGUGCGGCGAGCUCUGACAGGAAGCCGGUUAUCAGCAUCACAACGCAACAAGGUCCAAGAAUCAUUGCACCGCCUUCCUUCGAUGGAACAACAAUGAGCUUUGUAGUGGAGCAUCGGUGA